AUGAUGGUGGAGGAUCUGGGCGUGGAAGCCAAGGAAGCGGCGGUACGUGAGGUGGCGAAGCUACUGCCUCUUCCCGAGCUCUUACAAUCCAUUUCUACCAUCAAAGCCGAUUACAUUACUCGUCAACAGGCAAAUGACGCACAACUCAGUACAAUGGUUGCAGAGCAGGUUGAGCAAGCCCAAGCCGGGCUCGAGUCACUUGGGUUAUCUCAGAAAACAAUACACCAGCUGCGUGAAAACUUCAUUUCUAUUGAGAAGUUAUGUCAAGAAUGCCAAAACUUAAUUGAAAACCAUGAUCAGAUAAAGCUUCUUAGCAAUGUCAGGAACAACUUAAAUACAACACUCAAGGAUGUUGAGGGUAUGAUGUCCAUUUCGGUUGAAGCUGCUGAGGCCCGAGAUUCUUUGAGUGAUGAUAAAGAAAUUGUCAAUACAUAUGAGAGGUUAACUGCGCUUGAUGGGAAGCGGAGGUUUGCUUUAGCUGCUGUGGCAUCUCAUAAAGAAGAGGUUGGCAGGUUAAGAGAAUAUUUUGAAGAUGUUGAUCGAACUUGGGAGACAUUUGAGAAAACAUUAUGGGGUCAUAUUUCCAAUUUCUACAAACUUUCAAAAGAAAGUCCACAAACCUUGGUUCGUGCUUUGAGAGUUGUUGAAAUGCAAGAAAUUCUUGAUCAACAACUUGCUGAGGAGGCAGCUGAGGCUGAGGGUGGUGGUGCAAUGGCAUCUAUUGCAAAUCCUCAUAGAACUGGCAAAAAAUCUACCACGUCUUCAGCUUCUUCUAUAAGUUUAGCACAGCAAAAGUUGAAGGUUCAGGGGAAAGACUAUAAGGAUAAAUGCUAUGAGCAAGUAAGGAAAACAGUUGAAGGGCGGUUCAACAAGCUUUUGACAGAGCUUGUCUUUGAGGACCUAAAAGCAGCUUUGGAGGAAGCUCGAAUGAUUGGAGAAGAGCUUGGAGAUAUUUAUGACUAUGUAGCUCCAUGUUUUCCUCCAAGGUAUGAAAUAUUCCAGCUCAUGGUGAAUCUGUAUACAGAGAGGUUUAUUCAAAUGCUUAGAUUGCUUAGUGACAGAGCCAAUGAACUGACAAACAUUGAGAUAUUAAAGGUAACUGGUUGGGUAGUUGAAUACCAAGAAAAUUUAGUUGGGCUUGGUGUUGAUGAGACUCUUGCCCAAGUCUGUUCUGAGAGUGGUGCCAUGGAUCCUCUCAUGAAUUCGUAUGUCGAGAGAAUGCAAGCCACAACAAGGAAAUGGUAUUUAAACAUCUUGGAGGCUGACAAGGUCCAACCACCAAAGAAGACAGAAGAGGGAAAGCUAUAUACUCCUGCUGCAGUUGAUUUAUUCAGGAUCCUUGGGGAGCAAGUACAAAUUGUUAGGGAUAAUAGCACUGAUGCCAUGCUUUACAGGAUUGCUUUGGCAAUAAUUCAGGUAAUGAUCGAUUUUCAAGCGGCUGAAAGGAAGAGACUUGAAGAACCUGCUUCUGAUAUUGGUCUGGAACCUCUAUGUGCUAUGAUUAACAACAAUUUGCGCUGCUAUGACCUUGCAAUGGAGCUGAGUAACAGCAUCAUAGAGGCUCUUCCACAAAAUUAUGGUGACCAGGUAAAUUUUGAAGACACAUGCAAAGGUUUCCUGGAGGUUGCAAAGGAAGCUGUACAUCAAACUGUUAAUGUAAUCUUUGAGGAUCCUGGAGUGCAAGAGUUGCUUGUAAAGCUUUAUCACAGAGAGUGGUGUGAAGGGCAGGUUACUGAGUACCUAGUUGCAACAUUUGGUGACUAUUUUACGGAUGUUAAGAUGUAUAUUGAAGAACGAUCUUUCAGAAGAUUUGUUGAAGCAUGCUUGGAGGAAACGGCGAUUGUCUAUGUUGAUCAUGUUUUAACACAGAAAAAUUACAUCAAGGAGGAAACUAUUGAACGAAUGAGGCUAGAUGAGGAGGUUCUUAUGGACUUUUUCAGGGAGUAUAUUAGUGUCUCUAAAGUUGAGAGCAGAGUCCGGAUACUGAGUGAUCUAAGAGAGCUUGCUUCAGCUGAGAGUCUGGACACAUUCACACUAAUUUAUUCAAAUAUUCUUGAGCACCAACCUGACUGCCCGCCUGAUGUUGUUGAGAAGCUUGUUGCACUGCGGGAAGGCAUCCCACGCAAAGAUGCAAAGGAGGUAGUGCAUGAAUGCAAAGAAAUCUAUGAGAACUCUCUUGUUGGUGGUAACCCUCAAAAGGCAGGAUUUGUUUUUCCAAGGGUGAAGUGUUUGUCGGCCUCUAAAGGAUCUAUAUGGCGAAAACUCACAUAGUUCAGUUUGGCGUUCUUUAGAUUAGAGGUUGGUUUGUUUGUUUGUUUGUUUUUUAAGCGUUAUAGGCUGCAAUUAUAUGUAGUAAGAUAUUUCUUUUGCGUUAUCUUGUUAUGGGGUGGGAGUUAAUCUAAUUGUUCUGUUAUUAUUAUGGAAAUUUUGGUGUCACCCCAAGUAAAAUUUUCAUAAAGCUAUCUAUGUAUUCUAUUC